AUGGUUGGUUUCAAGACGAGUAACAGAGAUAAAUUCUCUUCCAACUAUAUCUGUCCAACAUGUUCAUUAUUACUACGAGAUCCUGUUCAAUUAAGCGAAUGCGGUCAUCGACAAUGUCAAUCAUGUAUCGAUACACAAUAUCAAAAAAUAGUUAUAUGUCCAGUAUGUCAAAUACCAACACCAAUACAUGAAGUGAAGACUGACCGAGGUUGCAACAGUGAUAUGCAAUCAUUAUCGAUCAACUGUUUAUUCUGUGAAUGGAAAGGUGUUUUACAACAUUAUCAAGAACACCUCGAUCAAUUUCAUCCAACUCCAAAAUGUCAAUAUUGUAAUCAACAGUUUGAUUCACAUAACAAACUUAAUGAACAUCAACUAUCACAAUGCCGAAAAGUCACUGUCGAUUGUUUGUUAAAAGAUUUUGGCUGUAGUGAACAAAUUACUCAUGAUACAAAAGAAGCACAUUAUCUUACUCAACUACAUCAAGAUGCUAUACUCAAUGCUACGAAUCUCAUCAAAUCACAAUUAAAUGAUACACAAAUGGACAUUGAUCCCUCUCAAACAACAACAACGGUUACUAAUCCUACCAUAGAUCACUUACAAGACGUUCAUGAAGUUGUGAAUGUAUUGUCAAAUGGUUUAGAGACACUAAAUGAUGAUAAUCAACAUCUCAACAAUGAAUCACUUCGAGUUCAAAUUCAACUUCAAACAUUAACUGAAAACACUUCUCAAGUUAAACAAUCUAUCGAUGAAACAACUACUUUUCUAAGCGGAGUCAAGCAGAAUCAGGAUAUCCUCAGUCAAGAUGCAUUAUCGAUAAAAGAGAAAAUCGAUGAUCUACAAAAUGUUUCAUAUGAUGGAACAUUUAUAUGGAAAAUUACAAAUGUUAAAGAAAAAAUCGGUGAUGCUCGAUCUGAAAGACAAAGUUCAGUCUAUUCACCUCCAUUUUAUUCUUCACCAACUGGAUACAAAAUGAGACUUCGAUUAUAUCUUUUUGGUGAUGGAAAUGCUCGACGAACACAUAUGUCACUGUUUUUUGUACUUAUGAGAGGUGUGAAUGAUGCAAUACUCAAGUUUCCAUUCAACUACAAAGUUUCAUUUUGUUUAUAUGAUCAAAGUGGUGAAGAAAAACAUGUGAUCGAUUCAUUUCGACCAGAUAUCAAAUCAAAUAGUUUUCAACGACCUCGAUCUGACAUGAACAUUGCAAGUGGAAUACCAAAGUUUAUUCUAUUAUCAAUGCUUGAAGAAGAAAACAGUCGAUAUGUUCGAGAUGAUACAAUGUUCAUCAAAGUGAUGGUUGAUAUGAGUGAUACGAACAAAACAUUAUUGCCUUAUAUGUUUAGCUUGAAUCCUGGUCUUCCAAUACAUGUUCAACAAUUGUUGAUCAAGCAAGAAGUCGAACGAAGAGUUCAACAUCAACAACUGCAGACUUCUUCUACAUAA